AUGCCUCCGAAUCCAAAAGAUCUUGAAGAGCCGAUGCCAGCAAGUGUGAUAGAGUGGAAAAAUUCAGCUAGAGCAUGGGGUGCUUUUGGUGCAAUUAAAGACUUGGGCUCUCAGGAGAAAGUCAAAUCGGCGUCUCGUUUUGAAUUCAGACAUUUCCUUGGUCUGAGAGUCAUCUACGAAGACCAAAACCCCAAGUCGACCCUGCCCGUCUAUAUCAACAACCAAUUUCCUCCGGCUACGAACGCAGGCCUUGAAUCCCUAGAUGGUUGGAACGCCUACCUCAACAUGAUCGAGGAAUUCGCCAAUCGGAACGAGACCACCGAAACUGUCUCGCGAACAUGCGUUCCGAUGAAUUUGGGCGCGUUCCUUAACGUAUGGCAGUUCCAGAGACAUGUCCUGCUUGGGGACAACAAGGCCGCCGAUGUGAGCAAAAUUUCCGAGGUUUCGCCAAUUGCAAGUCGAACAAGAGCCAAGACUGAGCAGAGUUUGUACCUUGCGACCCCUACCCCAGCUUCGAAGGUCAAGAAGUCUUCUCUCUCAGACCUGGCAGCGAAACUUUCUAUCAAAAAUCAAGACGUUUUUGCGAAGGAAGCCGAGGAAGUCAUUAUGGACCAAAAAGAGGAGAUUCAAGAGGAGGUCACAGCAAAACGCCUUGAGAUCCUUUCUAACGAUGAGUCGGAGGCCUCGUCAGAGGAGGAAAACAUAGACGAGGAUCCGAAGGAUGGCUUCUACACUCCUAUGCGAGGCUCUCGAGGUCAGCUGAUCAGAGAUGAACAAACAGUCAAUGUUUUCUUGCUUGCCCUGCUAUCCGCCAUUACUGCUGCAACAGUACCUUUCCACACUCGCUGGCUUGCAGAAAGAAAUGCUAUGGUGUUCCAGAAGAAUGUCCAAUAUGUCGCUAGGACAGAUGGGCACCUUCGGAAGAAGAACGGUCAGAGCUCCUGUCUGAUCGAGGUGAAGCCUAGGCCUCGAAGAAGACCCAACGACGUGUCCAUUCGAGUUCAAGAGAGCGCUCAAAUGGCGGCAUGGAUCUCUAUAUUUCUCCUAUCUCAAGACAAAGACGAAAUCUAUUUGACUUUUCCACACUUCACAGAGGCGUACGGCAAGGAUGAUAAGAACAUGGCCGAUUUGAAAGACACAGAUUUCCUGCGGAUGCGCGAAUCCGCUCUCGCUUACGUAGAAUCCACUAUCCUCGAUCAAAAGUGCUUUGCAUUUUGGCUUCCCUUGUUUACGGCACAGGGGGGCGCAUCUCCACCUGAGCAAGAAGUGGUUGACAGCCAUUCUGGCAACGCCUCUCGUGCUGCAUCCACGAUCCCUGCAUUGCAGAAACAGUACAAUGGGAGCACUGGGCUGUACGACACGACAGGCCGGUGGAACAGUGCGAGUGCUCAGGGAGAGCCCGUGGCCUUCGCUGUCAUCGACCCGGCUCCGAAUACUGUCGCUAAUCAAGUGUACCCAAUCCCAGACGGCGUGGCAGUUUCGGCUUAUACCAACUUGUCCCUGGAAGUGGCCACGUUCCUGCAACCCCCUUUCUCCAUCAUUAAAGGCAAAUCUGACACUGGCUCCGAAGCUGAGGCAGAGCACCAGGGUUGCCGUGGAGGCGCAACACCGCUCAACGCAGCGCGGCAGUUGCGUGAGAAGAUUGGCGCACCAGAUGGAGACGCGGCUGGGGGUGUAGGACUCAUUGUAGGACUGGUGUAG